AUGGAGGAGAGAACGUUGCUGGCGUUGAUGGUCUUUUCCUCACUCAUAGUAUUAGCAGAAACUAUUGCUCAAAAGCAUGCUAUUGAGAUCUACAGCCUCCAUGUGGACUGUAAGGUCACGUCACGAUUCGCUCACACCCUCAUCACCAGCAAAAUUGUCAACCGAGCUAAUGAGUCCAGAGAGGCCACCUUUGAAGUGGAGUUACCCAAGACAGCCUUCAUCACCAACUUCUCCAUGUCCAUCGAUGGUAAAGUAUACCCAGGAAUAAUAAAGGAGAAAGCUUCUGCUCAAAAGGAGUAUGACACUGCAGUCUCACACGGGCAGAGCGCUGGCCUUGUCAAAAUCACAGGCAGAAAGCUGGAGCAGUUUCACGUGUCCGUCAGCAUUGCAGCUGCCAGCAAAGUCACUUUUGAGCUGACAUAUGAGGAGCUGUUGAAGCGGCAGCUGGGGAAGUUCGAGCUGCUCGUCAAGGUCCGACCAAAGCAGCUUGUUAAGCACUUCCAGAUUGAUGUGCACAUCUUCGAGCCCCAGGGCAUACGCUUCUUGGAGACAGACAGCACAUUCAUGACAAAUGAGUUAACUAAGGCGCUCACCAAACUGCAGAAUGAAACCAAGGCUCAUAUUUUAUUUAAGCCAACUGUAGAUCAACAGAAGGUAAAUCCUGAAUUCGAUGAAACCCUCCUCAAUGGUGAUUUUGUUGUCCGUUACGAUGUUAAGAGAGAUGCCACUGCAGGUGAUAUACAGAUUGUCAAUGGGUAUUUUGUGCAUUACUUUGCACCCCAAGAAAUGCCAGCAUUUCCCAAAAACGUCAUCUUUGUUAUAGAUCGAAGUGGCUCCAUGGCAGGCAGAAAAAUUGAACAGACGAGAGAUGCCCUGUUGAAGAUUUUGAAAGACCUCCGCCCAGAAGAUCAUUUCGGCUUUAUCACCUUUAACAGCAAAGUGGUGGAGUGGAAGAGCUCUUUGCUGCCAGCCACUGCAGAGAACGUGGCGAGUGCUGCAGGAUUUGUGCAAACUCUUUCUGCUAGUGGAGGCACAGAUAUCAAUCGUGCCCUGCAGACGGCUGUGAGUGGGCUGGAAAAAGACGAGGGGCUGCCGGAACGGAGUGUCUCCAUGAUAAUUUUGCUGACAGACGGCCAGCCCACUUCUGGUGAGAGUAAUGUGGAAGUUAUUCAAGAAAAUAUUAAGAAAGCAGUCAAUGGGAAAUAUGCUCUCUUCUGCCUUGGCUUUGGGUUUGAUGUCAGUUAUAAGUUCCUGGAGAAAAUGGCCCUAAGCAAUGGGGGAAUAGCACGUCGUAUAUAUGAAAAUGCUGAUGCAGCCUUGCAGCUCCAGGGGUUUUAUCAAGAGGUGGCUACCCCAAUAUUGAAGAAAAUUGAAAUGCAGUAUCCAGAAAAUGCCAUUGAGGGAUUAACCAAGAAUGAUUUCAAGCUGUUUUUUGAAGGAUCUGAAAUUAUUGUAUCUGGAAAAAUUAGCAAUGAGCUUGAUCUUUUGCCAGUAGAAAUUAAAGCUCAGUCACAUUCUAGUGACUUGACUCUUAAAGAAGAAGCAAAUGUCAAAGAGAAGGAGCAAGUAUUUCAAAAUCAAAGCUACAUCUUUGGAAAUUUCAUAGAGAGACUGUGGGCUUACUUAACCAUUCAACAGCUGCUGGAAAAAUCUAUUUCAGCACAAGAAGAGGACCAGAAAACCCUGGAGGCUCAAGUGUUAGAGCUGUCUCUGCGGUACAGCUUUGUUACACCCCUCACUUCCAUGGUGGUCACCAAACCAGCUGAUCAAGACCAGACAGACCUGGCAAACAAACCCACCGAAGCUGGUAAAUGGGGCAUUAAACAGACCCAUAAUGAGAAGCUCAGCAGUGUUCCAGUAGGAGUCAAUGAAUAUCCAGAGUUUAUCUUGCAAUUACCCAAACAAGAUGAAAUAAUCUGUUUAAAUACUGAUGGAAAAGCACAGCCCUCUCUCCACCUGCUGUCAGAUCCGGAGCAAGGACUCACUGUGAUGGGGAAACUUGGAGACAGAACAAAUCACUUCGUACAGUUUGAAAUCAACUAUGUGAAUCCCCCCGCCCAAAUCCACAUCUCUACAGAUGCAAUUGUCCUAAGCCACAAUAAUGAGAGCACUCAGCUGCCAUGGACAGAGUCGACCACCUCCACCAUCCAGGGGCUGAGCAUCUCAGUUGAAAAGGAAAGGAGCGUUACAGCAUCAUUGUCUGAUACAGUCACAGUAGAAAUUACCCUUAUGAAGUUUCCAGAGGUUUUCCUUGGGCUGCAUUUCUUGAACACUGACCGUUUCUCUGACAAAGUCAGUGGAGCUCUGGGUCAAUUUUAUUCAAAAGCACGAUUUGAGAAAAGUUCCAACAUGAAUCGGAGAGCUGACGAGAGACUCCUCAGUGGACUUCAACAAGGCUUUAGACACUGUCUCCCUUGGCAGUACAAGAACGAUUACAGGCUUGAGUCAGCCAGUGAACCUGUUUCCUGCUGGUCAAUAGAUCUAACUCCCUAG